UCGGAUCUCCUGCCCGGCUCACCUCCAUGGGAUUGUGCUUGGAUCCUGCCCGCAACUAGGUUUUCAGAUGCAUGCCAAGUUCACACUGAAUGCCAGAAGUAAAGAUCCCUACAGAUGGAGCUACAAAGUCAACAUGGCACUAGCGGUUCAUUAGUGGUCAUCCAGCAGCCUUCUUUAGACAGUAGGCAACGGUUGGAAUAUGAGCGGGAAGUUCCGCCAGCAGCUAUCUUGUCUUUGGAUCAGAUCAAAGCUCUUCGGAACAAGAAUGAGUACACAGAGGGCCCAUCCAUGGUGAGGAAACAUGGGCCAAAGACUGCACCAAGGCACAGUAAGCAGGAGAGAACUCACGAGAACAUACCGAUUAAUGUGAAUAAUAACAAUGAGCACAGACCCCCUCACCUGGCUCACACAGGUCAUGCGUACUUUGCUAGGGCUCCUGUGCUCAGUAGAUCCACCAGCACGGGAAGUGCAGCGAGUUCUGGUAGCACCAAUAGUGCCUCCUCUGAACAAGAACUUUUGGGGCAAUCUCCACCACCCAGAAACGGCUCUGGAUACAGGACGGACAGGGUAGUUCGGAUGCAACCCAAGGCUUCUACGUUGGUUGUAGAUGACCUAAAGAGCUCUUUAAAGUUGGACUCGACACAGCACAGGUUUAUUUGUGAACAGUGCGGAAAGUGCAAGUGUGCAGAAUGCACAGCUCCAAGGACCCUACCGUCAUGCUUGGCAUGCAACCGUCAGUGUCUCUGCUCUGCUGAGAGCAUGGUGGAAUACAGCACUUGCAUGUGUCUCGUUAAAGCAGCUUUUUACCACUGUUCAAACGAUGACGAGGGGGACUCGUGUGCGGAUAACCCUUGUUCUUGCACCCAGUCUCACUGCUGCUCUAGAUACUUGUGCAUGGGAGCAAUGUCCUUGGUAUUACCGUGCUUGCUCUGCUACCCUCCUGCCAAGGCAUGCCUAAAACUGUGCCGCGGUUGUUAUGACAGAGUCAAUCGCCCUGGCUGUCGGUGCAAGAACUCAAAUACUGUGUACUGCAAACUGGACGAGGUGCCACGGGGCCAGGGCAAGCCCUCCUGACUUUAUUGGAGUAACGUUGUUUCCUGCUAAUGGAUCCAUUUGCUGUGUAGGCUAUACAAAUACACAUAUGUCGCUAUAAGUACCUCCAUUUCCCCCGGAAUGUUCUCUUCAAUUCUCCGAUUUCCACCCUAAUUGGUUUAGCUAAGGUGUUGGCUUAGACAUCUACAUGUUUCUUUCGACAGGCGUAUUCCGCACAGCAGUGCAAACGACAGUGUUAAUGUACAACGUGCAGUAACUCAUAGCAACCAGAUCAGCUGUAGUCUGUGAAAGAUGACUUGUGAUAUGUUACGAAGGGAAAAGCAUUGAGGGUCGAGAGCAAAAUGUAUAUCUUAUGUUGUUUAGAGGAAGGCUUAAUCACCAUUAACCGUUUCCAGUUUCUUUUACCAUCUCACUGGUUAAACUUCUAUUCUGUGUUCUUGCUAGUAUAGAUGAACGUUUUGUAACCUCAACAAGUUAUUCCCUGCACCUUUUUUUUUUUAAGCCCACCUUUUCCCAAAACCCUGAAAGGCUUUCAGCUUUUAUUCUAGCAAUUGCAAGUAAGAGCUUUGCAGGUUAUGCCCCUUUUUUUUUUAUAUUUAAGGUGUAGGGGUCUGUUCGGCAUGCCACUCUGCAUUGAAUGAGUUAAUCUGCAUGAACUCCCACCCCUUUGACUUGUUUAUGAAUUGGCAUCAGACACCCUUGUCUAUGUUGAAGGACAUCUAUUUAAAUCCCCACCCUGCUCCAAUUUGCCUUAUCUUGUCUCUGUUACUAAUGUGUUGUAUUCAGGUGCCAGAAAAUUCAGUAGCCUUAACGAAAUAAGCUCUUUCUCGCGGGGAAUCACAGGGAAUCCGAUAUUUUGUUUCCUGGCGGUGACCUGUUUUCCUGUUUCCUACAAUGUGUUUUUUUUUUUUUCAAAGUGUUCUAUGUUUUUGCCUUAGCCACAGCUUGGCAGUUUUUUCUUUUUGUAUAUUUUAUGUACAAAUCACAAAAAUUGAAUAUUGCCUAUUUUUAAGACAAAAGUCUGUUUUAGAACUUUUUUAUUGUAAAGAAAUAUUUAUUAUGUGAAUCUAUUAUUUUAUGAUAUUUAUUUGAAAGGACUGUUUGAAAAUUUACAGGUCUGAAUAUAACAAAGUAUCAAUACUUACUGAGAAAAUAAGGGUGACACAAAA